AUGGAGGAAUAUAGUGCUACUACUGUAGUACAAACGAACUUGGAGCCUAUCAUGCAGAGAGCCACGACAUGGUCCCCACCACCACGAUCUUUGUUUAAAAUAAAUGUUGAUGGUGCGGUAGCUAAAGCAACAAGGAAGGCAGGUGUGGGUGUGAUUGUUAGAGACGAGUUGGGUAGGGUGGAGGCUGCAAUGUGCAGAAACUUGGAUGCUCCCUUAGGUGCCAUUGAGACCGAAUCCAAGGCUAUUGAGGCAGGGUUGCUAUUCGCACAAGAUAUCAAUAUCCUGGACAUUGUGGUGGAAAGUGACUCUUUAAUCAUGGUCCAAGCUCUAAAUGGAAUCUCUGCUCCUCCUUCUGCGGUCUCCGUAGUUAUACAAGGCAUUCUGGAUCUCAGCAAAGGCUUCCGUAGGGCAGAAUUUUCUCGCGUUAAAAGACAAGGGAAUAGGUUGGGUCACGCGUUAGCAAAACAUGCUAUUCAUAUUGAAUUCAAAUCUUCUGUCCCAUUUUUCCUGCUCUACUCUAUACUCCACCAAUAA